AUGGCCUUCAACGUCGUCGUGUUCCCUCCCAAUGCGGAGGAUCCCCAGAUUGACAUUGAUCUGGAGCGGUUCAUGGGUACAUGGCAUGUCAUACAGUCUACUCUCCCACUUUGGAAGUCAAGAAAGGAUGUCACGAUUACAUAUACUCUGAAGCCGUCGGAACACGAUCCCACACAAAUAGAUGACCUUGUCGAAUAUCGCUCGAAGAGCGACUCGCCAAUCUCGAAGCGCAGCAGCGUCGUCGGUGUAGAUACUCUUGUCUCCCCAUCUGGGACAUCUGAGGAUGCGCCCUCCAAUGCCCCGAAGACCCGGUGGAAUUGGCGGGGCAAGGGCUGGCUUAUGAUCGCUACCUCUCGGUGGCAGAUCCUAGGUUGUCACCUUCAUUCAGGAGGAACCGCAGACGACACAUCGAACGACCCUGAAUGGGCUCUUACAUACUUCGAGAAGACCCUCUUCACUCCUGCGGGCCUCGACAUCUACUCCCGUGCUCCCAGCGGGCUUCCCACCGCGCUGCUGGGAGAGAUUCUUACGAAAGCGAAAGCCUUGGGUGGCGAGGUGGGCGCGCUGGCUGAGCAGUUCUUCGAAGUUGAGCGGAGUGCGCCGCAGGACAAGACUACGUCAGAGCCAAGCCGCAUCGGAUCUAUCAACAAAGUUGACGUCUUGAACCACGUCGCUCUGACACCUAGCUGA